CGUGUUGUCUCACACCCCCCUCCUCCUCCUUCUCCUCCCCCUCCUCCCGAUGUGGCCUUAACAGCAAACUGGAAGGCCGGUUUAUUUCAUAGGGCCAUAUUACAACCACCAAGCCUCGGCAGACGCCAGGGUGGCUCUCCCACGGGCGAGGAAGAGGAAGGCGAGGCUGGGGGAUCCCAAGGCAAGGCGAGGGAAGGCGAACUCCGCGGAUGGUCUUGGCUGCGCCGAGGCAUUGUUCGCUGCUGCCUCUCGGUUACGUUUAAAGGCUGAAAUAUCACGAGAUCCACUCAAUGAUCCUUUUCUAAUUCGAGGGACAAAAUGUAAUUUGCCGUAGCUCUGCUUCCUCGGAUGGGAAGGCUAUCCCCGGGUUCCAAAGGGAAGAGCUAGGCACCGCGGUUCGCACACACAUGGAUUAAGUUGAACAGCGGCGGCUACAUCUGCACUGGGAGCAACAGUAGUCCAGGGCUGACUUUUCAAAUCUCAGCCCUCCGAGUUAGAGGCUCCCUUGAAUAGACUUCCUCCAUUCCCGGAUGCACUUCUCCAAAUUCCCACUUCUCUCUAGAAUUCCAGCGAAACUGGGGGCUCGCCUGUAUUUCGCUUUGACGUGCAAACCCGCGGUUUUUACAGAGUGAUUAUGCGCUUUCUUUUAGCUCUACCUGACGGGGUAACACGAACUCCACGCACCAUCUUGCCAAUACACGGAGUGGAUAUUGACGUUUGGGAUUGAAGAUUUUUUUUUUUUUAAUUAUAUUAUUAUUAUUUUCUUCGUCGAUUUUUUUCCCCCUCCAAGUCCCAGAAAUAUGAGCUGUCUCAUUCAUCUCUCGGAUAUGUGUCUUUCUGGAUGUGCGGCGAUACCCAAACGUGCUCGUGUUCGUACCCAGCGGAGCACUGGAGGCACGGCGGAGGUUGGCGAUUUCUUUUUUCGCGGCGCCUAACGUGCAACCCGGGAGGAGCAUCCACACACACACACCCCCCCCCGGUGCCACGGGAGAGGCGUGCGGCCAUCGCGACAUUGGCGAACCCCCCCGGUCCUGACACUCGACUCGUUUCACGUCCCUAAGAAGAGGUUAAACCUCCAUGCUGCUUCUUCAAAUUGAUUUUAAGGGGCUGCUCUCAAUGGAACAUCAAAAAGCUGCGGCAGGGCUACUCCGGGCGGAAUAUGCGAGCUGCGAGGCAGCAGCAUCCUAGCCCCUCGCAAUACCCUACAUUGUGUGUGCCAGCACUUUUUUGUUAUUACGUAAAGGCUCCUGGAAGCACCUUGGAUAUUUUGCAUUCUCCUUUCUCUGCUGGAAGCAAUCAGCACGCAGGAAUCCUGACGUGGGCUUCGGGACGAUAGGACAUUCCAGCUCGGGAUCCAGCCCGGUUAAUCGUGAAAAGUGUAUACAUUUCUGGCUUAUCUAUGCUUUGUUAUGGGUCUGACGUGAGCCCACGUCCUCCUCCCCCCUCCCGCAAUAUUACAGGCAGAAUUUCAGCUAAAAGUGUUACAGUCUCACGGUGCGGGAACCCGUGAUAUUCAGACAGCAAAAUAACCUUAGUCCCAGCCUGUAAAAAAAAAAAAAAAAAAAAAGCUAAUUAAGCCGAAGAGGAAAAUCAAGAGAAACUCGAAAAUGUAAGUAUUCCCUCUCGCUAACAGCCGAGCAUUUAACUUUGGAGCCUCAACAAGGGAAAUACCGGGCUGCUCGGCACGUUUUCGCUAAGCUUCGUUCUCCACACAAUGCAGAAUAAAACGCUGGUUUAAAGCGGCCACGUUACCGAAGGAUUUUCCACCGCUACUGGCAGACUUACGUCCUUUAAAAUCACGGCAUGCACAAAAGAGCAACGUUUGUCCAAAAUAGGCUAAAAAUACACGGAACGAGAGGGGGGAAAAGCGUACAAAUCCUUCCUCGGAAGCUAGCGACAAGGAAGUCGGAGAGGUCUGAGUGUGUUUGAGCUCGGAUUGUUUAAUAGAAAGAUUUAUAUACUAACUGUAUUAUUUACUUUGGGAGGGGAGGUGGCAGUAUAAGGGUAUGCUAAUUAGUGGGAGAUUUUUUGGGGGAAGGGGUGGAAUAUCAAUUUUUAUUGCAUCACCUGUCAGGAGUGUCCAAUCAGCGUUGGCUUUAGGGGAAUUAAUUGAUGAAGGUGUCUCCGGACGAGCUCACUUCACUCUGUCAUUUUAUUUGUAGCUAAAGCAGCGGCGGGAAUAGCAGCUGCAUUUCUUUUCUCUUCCUCCCUUCACAUUCCAUUAUCAUAGUUUCCAAUGGAAAAGCAGGGAAUGAAAGGGAACAGGUACUGAUCUUCAACAGCAACUUAGAGAAACACUUUGGCAAACCUGAUUUUUAAGAUUAUCUAUUGAUUGUAGCCUCACGGUAUUUUUAUUUUUUUAUUUAUUUUUUUUUCAAUUUUGUCUAAAGUUUGGCACUUCAUUCACCAGGAAUAACAGCCUUUGUUAUAUUUUAUUAGCAGGAUGCCUUGAGACAAAUACAGCAUCUGGCUGAGGAUUGUGUGUGUGUGGCUUUUUCUUUUUUUUUUUUGGUCCUUUUUUUUUUUCCUUUUUUUUUUUUUUUUCCUCCACCUCUCUCUCACUCUCUGCAAAUGCUGGGAAUAAUUUAAUUCACGAAAUGGGAGACCUGAAGUCGGGUUUUGAAGAGGUGGAUGGCGUGAGGCUCGGCUACCUCAUCAUUAAAGGAAAGCAAAUGUUUGCACUCUCCCAGGUUUUUACAGACCUGCUCAAAAACAUCCCGCGAACUACCGUGCACAAGCGAAUGGAUCAUUUAAAAGUAAAAAAGCAUCACUGCGACCUGGAGGAGUUGAGGAAACUCAAAGCCAUCAACUCCAUCGCUUUCCACGCCGCCAAAUGCACCCUGAUCUCCAGAGAGGACGUGGAAGCCCUGUACACAUCCUGCAAGACCGAACGGGUCCUUAAGACGAAACGGAGGAAAAUCAGCCGGGCGCUGGCAGCCACCGACCUCCGGCCAGAGCUCGCACCCACCGACCCCUUCUCCGGCUUCUGGAAGGAGAACAAACUUUGGCUGGGCCUGCGGGACCCUCCCCGGCCCCUGCUGCCCGUCAGGAGGAAAGCUUUGCGUCCGGGGGACACAGCCUUGCUACCGGCCUCUCAUCUACCUCACAUUUUUAGUAAAUACACUGGCCACAGCUACCCAGAAAUCGCUCGGGCGCCUUGCAAACCCCCCGUAAACUAUGAAACAACGCCGCCGGCGGGCAGCUGCGCGCCCCUCCGCGCUCGCCGCCCGCCCGCCGCCCGCCCCCCGCCUGCCGCCGCGCCGCGGCCGCGGCUCCCGGCCGCCGGCCCCCCGCCCCUGCCCGCCCGCUGCCGCCGCCGCCGCCUCCUCCACGGGGCGGCCGCUGCCGCCGCUGCCGCCGCUGCUGCCGCCGCGCUGGGCCCCCCCGGCGGCGCCCGCCGGGCCCUAGCCGCGCCGCGGCCCUGCCGGCCCCGCGGCGGCCCGCGGCUGCCGCUGCUCCGCGGCUUCGGGCCGCCGCCGCCCGCCUUCCCCGAGAGCGGCAGCAGCGACUCGGAGUCCAGCUGCUGCUCCGGCCGCGCCGCGCACGACUCGGACUGCGGCUCCAGCCUCUCCAGCUCCAGCGAGGGCAGCUCGGAGGAGGAGGACGAGGAGGAAGAGGAGGACGAGGAGGGCAGCGGCGCCACGGACUCCAGCGAGGGCAGCUCGGAGGAGGAGGAGGAGGAAGAGGAGGAGGAAGAGGAGGAGGAGGAGGAGGACAGCACCUCGGACUCCGACUCCAGCUCGGUCUCCAGCCAGGUCUCGGUGCAGAGCAUCCGCUUCAGGCGCACCAGCUUUUGCAGCCCGCCUGGCGUGGUCCACGCCAACUUCUUGUACCAUCUGGCGGCCGCCACCGCCCCCCGGCCCCCGGCCCCGGCCCCGGCGGAGCCCGGCGGGCUGCCCGCCCUCCGCGGCUCUCCCGGCGGAGUCAAGCCGGAGCUGCCGGAGGAGUGGGGCCGCCCCGGCUGGGCUCCCGCCGCCCCGGCGCUGCGCUGCUCCGGCGGCCUAGGGAGCUGCUUCGCGGAGAUAAGAGAUGAUAGGGUAUCCGAGAUCACAUUCCCACACUCUGAAUUUUCCAAUAAUGCCAAGAGUACUGACCUAACAAUUAACUGUGUUGCAAAGGGGGCCUCUUCACCUAGCCCAAAGACAAACAAUGCAUUUCCACAACAAAGAAUACUCAGAGAGGCAAGGAAAUGCCUUCAAGCAACUACUACACACCGUGCAGAUAACAAUACAAUAGCUGCUAGGUUCUUAAAUAAUGAUUCUUCAUCAGCGGCAGCAAAUUCAGAGAAAGAUUCCAAAAUCCCUCAUUGUAUUGAAUUUGCCACGGAUUUGCCCUCUUUACAAACGGCUCCUGAGGAGGAUGCUGCUUCUCCAGGGGCAGCAGCAGCAGCCGCAGCUGAGCUCCAGUGCACUGAUACAGGCAAUAAGGCAUUGCCAUUCCUGCACAGCAUUAAAAUCAAAAUAGAGGACAGCAGUGCGAACGACGAGUAUGAGCCCGAUCUUACAACACAUAAGCUAAAGUGUGAGUGCAAUGAUACUAAGGAUGAGUUGUACGGUGUGACUGAGGGUAAUAACCAGGACGCUUUAUUAACAGCCAAGGAAGAUUCUGCAUGCACUGAGAAAGAAACCACUUCCUUAAACCCACUGACUCAGAGUCAGGUCCUCUCAUGCACUUUAGGUACUCCAAAACCUGAGGAUGGGGAGUAUAAAUUUGGAGCAAGGGUGAGAAAAAAUUACAGGACACUGGUUUUGGGAAAGCGACCUGUACUGCAGACUCCUCCAGUCAAACCAAAUUUGAAAUCAGCUCGAAGCCCACGUCCUACAGGUAAACCCGAGACACAUGAAGGAACACUGGAUGAUUUUACAGUUAACAAUAGACGCAAAAGGGUAGCCAGCAAUGUAGCAUCAGCAGUGAAAAGGCCAUUUAAUUUCAUGGCAAAUUUUCCCUGUCCACCAUCACUAAUUAUUGGCAAGGAUGGGGAUUUGUUGCCAGCUUAUUCCUUAAACACCACUAAGGAUUCCCAACCACCUCACAAGGCCCAUCCUGUAUGGAAAUGGCAGCUGGGCGGUUCUGCAAUACCUCUUCCACCUAGCCACAAAUUCAGGAAAUUUAAUUAAUAAAAUAGUUUGGAAAAUA